AUAUAUAUAUAUAUAUAUUCUCUCUAGUUUUGUGGACUGAGCCAAUCUGCCCUUUGCAUUUAAAGCAUCCUUUUUUAUUAAUGACAAACGCAGAGGAGUAAAGAUGGAUUGUAUCUUCACUUGUGCAACCCAAUGACCAAGUGAACAACUCAUGUCCUUUCAAAUUCAAGAAACUUUGAUAUUUAUGCCUUUUGUAAAGAUGCAUUUCACUUUCCUUGACAGCUUCUAGCUGUCUUCAGCUGAUUCAAGUCAGAGAAUUAAUGGGUUGUGUUUAGAUUUCCAGGUGUCUACAUACACAGGUCCUCAAGUUCCUAUAUAAGAACACACGAUUCUCCUGUCUGUUAAUUCUCACCAAGGCCAAACCCUUCACAAACAUCCUGUUCUUCAACUUCUUGCUCGCAGUAAUGGAGUCUUCCCAAAUCUUUGUCGCGGAAGAGUGUCACAGUAGUGAAUCUGGGUGGACCAUGUAUCUUGGCUCCCCAACACAGGAUGAUGAUGGUGGUGAUGACGAUGAGCACAGUGACGAUGGAGAUAGUUCUGAUGGUGGUGGAAGUGACAAUAAAAGUUACAAUGAUGACAGUGAUGAUUCUAUGGCUUCUGAUGCUUCUUCUGGCCCAAGCCAUCAUGGCAUAGCUCAUUUGAAGCAGGAAGAAGAUAAGCAUGUUGGCAAGUAUCAAAUGGAUCAGAUGAAAGCUAACAAACCGAAGGAAAACAAAAAAGCUGAAAGUGGGAGAAAGGAAGAGAAAGAGGCAAUGGCGUUUAUGGAAAAAAGAGCUAAUAAUGCUUCAGCUCAAAGUGGUUCCAAGGUAAGGAAAACCUUUUUGAUGAGCAAAAGGAAAUAGCUUGCUAGCUAGCUAGAUAUGUGUUGGUUCUCUUUUGGUUGAUUUUGCAGGAUGGCAGCAUGCAAGGGCUCAAAAUGUAGAUCAGUGAGGAAAAAAAAAUACAUCUGAUGAACUCCUACUUAUGAUUAUGUUAUGUGUUCUGAAUCUUUCGGUGUAAGAGUACUUGAUCCUUUAAGAAAUAUAAUAUUAACUAGCUUAUUCUACUGCUACA